CAUAUUAUCUGCUUACAAAUAUAGCCUGUUAGCGCACAGGCCCGGGAGGCUCCGGGCAGCGCGGCCCUUCCACUCCGGGUGUUGCUCGCGGGUGUAAACAGCCUUGAAGCCGGAUCGGCCCCGUGGCCAGACCGUGGACUGUCUGCACCACCCGCACCAGGGAGGUGAGUGGAGGCCGGUCUCUGUGGCGGCGGCGGAGGGAUGUUAGAGGAGCAGGUAAUUUCAUGCUGCCACAAUGGGACAUAAAGUGGUGGUGUUUGACAUUUCUGUUGUCAGAGCCUUGUGGGAAACUCGUGUCAAGAAGCACAAAGCUUGGCAGAAGAAGGAGGCGGAAAGGCUCGAGAAAAGCGCCUUGGAAAAGAUAAAGGAGGAGUGGAACUUCGUUGCCGAGUGCAGGAGGAAGGGCAUCCCCCAGGCUCAGUACUGUAAGAAUGGCUUCAUUGACACCAGCGUGAGGCUUCUGGAGAAGAUCGAGAGGAACUCGCUCUCCAGGCCGAGCUCACUUGCCAAGGACAGAGGCAAGCAGAGCAACCCAUUUGUGUUUGAACUUUCGGGGGAGCACUGGAAGGAGCUGCCUGACUCGUUGAAGGAGCAGACACACCUGAAAGAAUGGCACAUUAGCAAUACCCUGAUUCAAAUCAUUCCUACAUACAUUGAGCUGUUUCAAGCAAUGAGGAUUCUGGAUCUGCCAAAAAACCAAAUCUCAUGUCUUCCAGCUGAAAUUGGUCGUUUGAAGAACCUGAAAGAACUCAAUGUGAGUUUCAACCAUCUGAAGAGCAUUCCACCAGAACUAGGGGACUGUGAAAAUCUAGAAAGACUGGACUGUUCUGGAAAUCUGGAAUUAAUGGAGCUCCCAUUUGAACUAAGUAAUUUGAAGCAAGUUACAUUCGUAGAUAUCUCAGCAAACAAGUUUUCCAGUGUCCCGAUCUGUGUCCUGAGGAUGUCUAAUUUGCAGUGGCUGGAUAUCAGCAACAAUAACCUGAAUGACCUGCCACAAGAUAUAGACAGGCUGGAAGAACUGCAGAGCUUUCUCUUGUAUAAGAACAAGUUGACCUACCUCCCGUACUGCAUGCUGAACCUCAAGAAGCUCACUUUGCUGGUUGUCAGUGGGGACCAUUUGGUGGAGCUCCCAACUGCCCUUUGUGACUCCUCCACGCCAUUGAAAUUCAUAAGUCUGAUGGAUAAUCCUAUUGAUAAGGCCCAGGGUCAAGAUGAUGAUGAGAUAAUGGAAAGUGAACAGGAACGGCAACAUUUUGAUAAAGAAUUUAUGAAAGCCUAUAUUGAGGAUCUUAAAGAAAGAGAAUCUGUGCCCAGCUAUACCACCAAGGUAUCUUUUAGCCUUCAACUUUAACAUCAUUCAUCAGAAGACUGCAAAAUCUCACCAUCCUGUGGAGCUUUACAACUUUGUGUAUAGGAAUACAUGGCUUGUGUUUUAGGACAAAGUCUAUUAACCACUGUCAUAGUCAUUAAGAAAAAUAUAGGAAUCAUGGCUUGUGUUUUAGGACAAAGUCUAUUAACCACUGUCAUAGUCAUUAAGAAAAAUAAUUUUCAAAUUUCAAAUGUAUGAAUAUCUUCCUCUAUGGGCUCAAGAAUUGAUAAAUUAGUUUAUAUAUUGGUAUUCAUAGGUUCAUUUGCAUACAAUUGUUUCCAAAUAAUGCACAUUUAAUAUUAUAGAAGGUUUUUUUAAAAAAAUUAUAAUUUAAUGACCAAAUUCUGACACUGAAUGCACUGUUUUCAGAAAUCAAGGGCUAAAGGAUCGUGAAAAGAACCUUCAUAUUGGACGAGUCAGAUCAGAGUUUUGUUAUUUGAAAAUGUUUAAUACAUUCUUUCUUUUACUGAGAGUAACUAACGUUCCUUGGAUUGAAAUGAACUGUUACUUCCGUGAUGUUUUAAAUUAUAUUUUGGCAAGAAUAUUUGGAGCUCUGUUUUGGCUCUCAGACGAGACCCAGGGUGUGACUUGGGCCUUGGGGGUGGGAAGGCUGCCCAUGCAUGGGGUUCCAGACACUCAGCUGGGGUGUGGCUGUCCCUCAAGGAAGAAGUGUGAGCCCUGCUGGGGUGGAAAGUUUUGAAUGGCCUGCCUGGACAGCAACCAUCCUUUCCUGAGUGGCUACCUUGGGGGUUCUGGGAGCUACCUGAGCACAGAAAGCAGAAGCAAUGCCCUCAGGGGGUCUUUCCUCUUCCUCCCAGGGGUCCACUUAGAGUCUGGAGACCAACUGCAUACACUGCUGAGUUCAUCCUGGGCAAGGCUUCCCUGUGGGUACUGCAGGGAAACUCCACCCACAGUGACCAUGGCCCAGGAGGCCCAUGGGACCGUAUGUUAUAAUAGGAUUCACUUCAGGGCUUUGUGAUCUUAGGUCACAUCACAUGAUUUGGAGAAAUCCUACAAAGUUCCUAUUUUUAUACAAUUGUCUUAGAUGAAGAUAAACAAGAUGUGACUGAUGGUCUUGAAGAAAUGCUGAACUAGCUUUUGUGAUUAAGAAGGAAAAUGUGCACACAUUGACUUCCAUGGUCCAGCCUGGUGAUGUCCAAUAGUAGCUUUCAGCAGUGAAAGAAAUGUUCUGUAUCUUUGUCAUCCAGCGCAGUAACUGCCAGACACAGGGUUCUUGAACACUUGAACAGUGGUUGAUGUGAUUCAAGGACUGUAUUUUAAGUGGAAUUUAAUUCAGAUAGCCACAAGUAGUUGCCCUAUGUGACAACAAGGUAUAGCCAGUUGGAGAUUUUGGAAGUUAAUCACCUUUCAUUUCUGAAAGGUGAUUUUUAUUUUUCUUAUCCGAAGAGCUAAUCUGUUCUCAGAGGCAUGCAGUUCAAAAAGGUUACUUUUAACACCCCAGGUUUUUGUUCAAGUCAAUAUUUUGGACAAGUUCAAAUAUUUAAUCCUCAUCAGAUAGAAAAUAAG